GUAGGUUAGGUUGCGUUGCGAUUAGUAGCACCUCGCGAUAUUGUUGACAUGUGCACAAUUGCACAGGAUGGCCCAAUGCAUAGAGUAACUGAACGUGGAGACAUUCGUGUCCAAUAUGAGGGCUGCUCGAAUCGGUGGACAUUUCAUCCUGCAGCCUUGGUUUGAGUGGAUGGAACAGCAGCUGCCCCAAUAAAUGGUGUCAACGAUGGUGCAUCAACAUCAACUCGUCCCCAUCAACAUCAACAGCCUACAGGAAGGCAGACGUUCAACAUCGGAGACAAAGUCAGGGUCAUCUGCGAUGCCCAAGCCGUCGGAACUUUGCAAAGAGGUCAUGGGGAAUGGGUCGAAGAUAUGCUGCAGGCUUUGAUAAAAACAGGUGUAGUAACAAAAGUGUACAGCGACGGCGAUUUGCGCAUCGAGAUUGAAAAGAAAACUUGGACUUUGAAUCCACAAUGUGUAACUUCACUAAAUCUACCUUUAAAUACAUCAACAUCACGUCAAAGAUUAGCCACAAUGAAUCCAGAACGAUGCAACAGCAUGGCUGAUUUGAGUCAUCACAGGAACGAACCAGUUUUGACGCCUUUACCAGUUAUGGCCAGCAGUACAGGUUUUGAUAAAUUGGUUCGAGAAGCUGCACAAGGCAAUAUGGAUUAUGUUCAGAAAUACAUAGAACAGCAUCCUAAUCAGGUGGAUGCGAGAAGUGGUGGCAAAUCUUGUUUGCAAGUAGCAGCCCAUCAGGGUCAUUUAAAUUUGGUAAAAUAUCUAUUAGAUAAAGGUGCCGAUGUGAACCAGACUGAUAAUGAUAAGGAUUCAACUUUGCAUUAUGCUGCUUUCGAUGCCCUUACAGUCGGAUGCACCAUGAGGGUUUGUUGUGAUCACCAGAAACUGGCGAUAACUAUAGAAAUUUUCAUGAUGUGAUUAUAACUAUAUACACAAUAACAUACAUAAAAAUGAUAUAAAAAAAUGAACAAAAUCGAAGAUGUUUCAAAGGACAAUCCUCUAUUGACUCAUCUAUUCAAUCAGUAUUAUUAUUAUUGGCUUUUAACCUAAGUUCAAAUGGCACUUGUGUAAAAUCUCGACUAUCCAUUAUCAUUUGCCUUCAUAACGAUUCAAUAUAUUCAUCAUAGGC